GGUUAGUUGUUUAGAAUGGCAAGUUUUAAUUUAAAGAAAUAUUUGUCGGAACAAAAGUUGGAGCUCCCAGUUGUGUUUCGUAAUGUAAACCAAGUGUUUGAGUGGAAAGUUUCAAGUUUGGACCUGAAUCGCCUACAAGGGAUGAUAGGAGAUAAAAAGAUCAAAGCUCGUGUUGGCCAGAAACAAUCGGAAAAUCUACAAUGGGAAGGGGAAUGUCGAUACAUCAACAUAACCAUAAGUGACUUCAUACAACUUAUAAAUUCAAACAACGACCAAAACUCAUUCAACAUUGACUUAAAUAACGAAUGGGUUUACGCUGAUUAUAUUUACGUUCGAGACUUAUUUAACGAAGUUCAAGAUUUUGAGGUUUUGGAUUUUAUUCAAUGGAAAGACCUUGGAUUUUCAGGUACUGAAGGAACAGACAGUGCGAUAUGGAUUGGCACCCAAGGAGCUCAUACUGUUUGCCAUUAUGAUACUUAUGGAUACAACCUUGUAUUACAGGUCCAAGGGAGGAAGAGAUGGAUGUUGUUCCCGCCCUCGGACUCCCAACACCUCCAUCCGACCCGCAUCCCUUAUGAGGAGUCGAGUGUCUUCAGUAAAGUUGAUCUUCAACAUCCAGAUCUGGAGGAGCAUGAGAGUUUCACAUCCUGCCACCCCCAUGUUAUAACAUUGGAACCAGGUGACAUGUUAUACGUACCACAACAAUGGUGGCAUUACGUGGAAAACUUGGAGACAAGUAUAAGCGUGAAUGCAUGGUUUCCAUCUGAUGAAGAUGAUUUAACUCGGGUGAAAGAAGCCGCAUCAAAACUAAUAGUCAAAUCAGCAUCUCACUCUUGCUCUCACUUCUCCUCCCACUCUUGCUCCUCCAAUCCCUCCCACCCUCCUCCUCCAUCCUCCUGGUUCAAUCCUUCUGAAACCACCUUAUCAAUCCAAGAAGACUUGGAAUUCCUACAAUUGGCUGUGGAGCAUUACAAAAAAAAACAAAGAAAACAUAAACCAAAAACUACAGAAAAAAAUGACAAAAAAAACUUGGAAAAUCCUAAAAGACAUAAUCAAUUUAAAUCUGAUGAUCAAAAAACUCAAAAAAACCCUGUAAAAAGCGACAAUUUUGAAUGUGUUGCCUCAAAAACAUCAGAAAAACCUGAAAAUUGUCAUAAUUGUGAACCUCCUGCUCAUUAUAAUGUGUGUAGUCAUACAGUAUCUGAAGGAGUUGAAAUAAUUCCAGUUAAAGAAUUAACUUUUGAAGAAUGUGUUGAGAAAUUUGGAAUUUGGGAAAAUAUUCUCGGCCGAGAAAAAUCUACGAAAAAAUUUAAAAGAAGUUUUGAAAAAAUUUCGUUUCAAGAUUUUGUUGAAUGUUUGUCGACGCCAAAGGUUGUGGACUCUCUUGUUGGUGAAUUGUUGAAACGGGGACCAAAGGAAUAAAACAUAUUGGCCCUGUUGUACUGUGAACUAUAAAUACUUUGGUAUAUUUAUUUAGAGAUUGAUAUUGAAUUUAAAUAACAAUGUCUCACUGACUAAGAACAUUUUUUCAUCAGAUGUUUUUUGUUAUGUUUUUAAAAAGUGAGCGUUAUAUUUUCCUUUGGCACCAAUCAUGUUAUGUUAUUUAAUCUCUCUCUCUUAUAUUACAGAAACAAUUUAGUCACUUUUUGUUAAUAUUUAUUUGUAGCAAUGUUGCAAUAAGAAGAAUAAACAAACAAGAAGAAAUUGGAACAAGAACAAAAAAGUCAGUAAGAAAUAUUUAUUUUCCUUUUUGGAUAAAUUACCAACAAGUUUAGUUUUGUAUCUAAAUGGCUGAAUUUAAAA